AUGUUAAAUCUCCAACCCUCCUCCCUUGAUGAUGUGAGAGCCUGGUCCGCACACACCCACCCUGGUCCAUCCACCCCCCGCCAAACGAAAAGCUUAAUCGAGGUCUUCCGAGACUGUGAGGUGACGUUCGCGGGCAGCAAGUCUCCGGGUUGGAAGGACGACGUUACUUUCCUCCCCUCGUCGUCGUCAGCAUCUUCCGAAACGCAUCCGCCAACGUCGAAACCCGAGCCCGCCGGCGGCGGCGGCGACGGCAUUGGGGAGGGAGGGACGGAACAAGGUGACCCCGGCCCGGCAGCAACUGGCGGCGAGGAGGGUCAGUUGGGGAUCGAGACACCGACACGACGAAAAAAAGCAGCAGCGCGGCAGCAACAGCAACAUAAGCAGCAGCAGCAGCGGCAGCAGGCGACGACGUGCCAGGGAAAGUUCUGGAGAAACCAGAACCGUGACAGCGGGCGGUACACCCUGGAGGUGGGAGAUGGGGGGGAGGCGGCGGUCCUGACGCUGAGCUGGGACCGCUGGGACGACGAGGUCGUGGUCCUGAAGGAUCGGAAGCUCGGGAUCCGAUUCGAAGGCAAGGGCCACAGCUUGAGGCUAAACCUCGCUUGUGCUCGACGCCUGACAGACGAGGAGAAAAUGCUGUCUCGAAGUGCGCAAGUCGCAUCGGCACCGGUGCUUCGAGUGGUGGCGGUUGGCUCUUCCUCCAUUCCCACCCCCACUCCCGCCAUCGAACAAACCAACAAGCGCGCUUCGGAAAGCUCCGAGCCUGCAAAAACAGCUGCUGGGGCGCUGGCUGCCGGUACUGCGGAGCCUUCAUCCAAGAUGAGCCACGGCGGAAGCGGCAACGGUGACGGGGAUGACGGCGUUGUCGUGGUGAGAGUCCCGCUGGAAUCUCUCGACCCCGAGGCGUUCUGCUUGACACCGGCCGCCCGCUAUCGGCUCGACAUGCCGAUCCGGGUCUCGGAGGAAGGCCCGGGCUACGUUUCGAGCGACCAGCCGAUGGCACCGCGUACCCAAGAGGAAGAAGAAGAAGAACGAAAUAACAGAAGAGAAAAGAGGGAGCGACAGGAGAAGAUUUGGGACAAGGCGCAGGCACACCGCCGCAAAGACCAAGAAGAGGAGGAGGAGGAGGACGAGGAGGAGGAGGAGGAGGAGGAGGAGGGCGCGAUAAAGGAGGAAGAUGGUGAGGUAGUGUUGGGAAUCGAAGCGCCUUCGCCGAGCCUUCCGCCGCCGCCGACACCGCCGUCGUCGGGAGGCAGUGCCUCAGAACCGGCUCCGGCCCUUGCGGCCGCGGCGGCGGCGGCAGGGUCGGGAACGGUCUCGGGGGAAGAAGAGCAGCCUUCGGGAAGGUCGGCCGAUGGAAAGGGCAGGCGGCAGCAGCAGCAGCAGGAUGGGGAGUUUGUGCCUCCGUCAGCGGAUAGGCUGUGUCCGAUCCCGUCCGGACCGCACAAGGGAACCGUCAUGUUGGGGCUGGACUGUGAGAUGGUCUACACGAGCGAAGGGCUGGAGCUUGCACGCGCUACUCUGGUGAACGUCAAGGGCCAAAUGGUCUACGACAAGCUUGUGAAGCCCACGCUUAAGGUCACGGAUUACAACACGCAGUUCAGCGGCAUCACUCCUGAGAUGCUCAAAGGCGUGACGCGGACUCUGCGAGACGCUCAGCGAGAGAUCCUGUCGUUCGUGGACGCCGAGACUUACCUGGUGGGGCACAGCCUGGACAGCGACCUCAGGGCGCUCCGUCUUGUCCACCGCCGUCUCAUCGACACGUCCGAGCUGUACCCCAACCCCAGGGGCAUUCCGUUCAAGGCAAGGCGUCUGAGUUUCGCCUGA